CCCCCCCCGGACAGCCUCCACGCCCGGCCUCUUCCUGCUGCCAUCGUGCAAGACACACGCCAAGGAUCUGGUCUUGAUCCCAGUCCUGCAUCGGAAUCCAAGCCGGAUCAAUCCCGCCCUCCAUCCAAUCGUCUGACCGCUGGCCUUCGUCCGUUGAGCCUCUCUGACACGGUUUCAUGUCCCAACAUCCGCCGCUCCACCUCCCGUCAAGCCAAAGCCACAGAGCCAGCACCAACCCCCCGCCGCUCUCCUCCAUUUCGACGGCAGGAACACCCUCGAUGGUCUCGCACAGCCCGUCCUAUUAUUCUGGCUCGGCCCGCUCAAACACCCUGCCGCAUUUGCAGUCGCCCACCCUCCCGUCGGGCCUCCCUCCAAUGUCGGGGCCGCAUCUUUCGCAUCCAAACGGGACGACCAUGGGCUACAUGGCUUACGGCCCCAUGUCGCAGUCGCUCUCGAGCGCCUCAAAGUCGCAUCAUCGUGAUCAGCCACCCCACCAUUUCCGGGCCCUGUCAUCCAGCUCUCAGCCCCAGAUGCACCCGCAUGAUCGAGCCCCAUACGGCCAUGACCGUGCCCCGUAUAGCCGUCCAUCCUUGGAGCCCUAUUCAAGCAGCGCUCAUAGAGAGCCGCCGGCGCACCACGCCAUUUCGAGUCGACAUCUGCCAGACCCUCUCUCUGGACCGCCCUCUUCGCACCCGGCCACGAUGAGUCAUUCCAUCAUCCACUCGCGCGAUGUCGAGCCCGACUAUGUGGCCUAUUCCCAAAGCAGCCAGCUUGACAACUUUGAGCGGGGAUCCCGUUUGCGCCAUGAUCGCUCACCCCACCAUGCCCUGCCGCUUCCGAGCCAACACUCCUAUUCAGCCGGAGCACACCACCGCCUCCCCGACCGAGACUGGGACCACGGUCGCCGAGAAUUGCCGCGCCCUUGGGAUUACCGGACCGAACCCCUCGACAAGGACCGAGACCGCAUCAUGGAGCGGGACUGGGACCACGAAGGCGACCAUCUGCACCGGUCCCGCGAUCUGGAACGAGAACGAGAGCGAGAACGACAACGUAUGCUAGAAAGAGACCCUCGUGACGAACGAGAGUACGAUCGCGGACACCACGAACGAGAGCGAGAACACCAUGAAAGGGAAGGCGAGAGGGAAAGGGAACGAGAGAGGGAGCGGAUUGAGGAGCGCGAAAGAGAGCGAGAAAGAGAAAGAGAAAGAGAACGGGAGCGGGGAAGAGAAAUUGAAGAUGCCGAAAAGGUCAUGAUCCGAGAUGAGCGUGAACGCCAAAUACGGGACCAUUACCGUGAAGCCACCGAAGCCAAGCGACGGGAAGAUCGACGGCAACGCAAGCGAGAAAGGGAGUUCGAAAAUGCCAUGGAGUACGAACACAUUGGCAGCGACCUGCACUCGGGCUAUGCUCCACUCCAGCCGCCCGACGAGCCGCAGCGAGACGGCGACUACGAUCCUGAUGUUGACCACGACAUUGAAAUCGAAAACGGAGUCGAGCCGGUUUUUAACAAAGCCGAGAAGCGUCACAAGUGGAUCAUUGACGCCUUGGAGAGAUACAAUCGCGAGUUCUUGGACAAUAAGGACAGCAUCUACCGCGACAAGAUCGAGGCCCUAAGGGCUGAGCUUCGAUGGGCCCAAGAAGGGCGACACACCGAGUUUGAGGAGCAGAUCGAGAACCUGAAGCGGCGGCGCGAUGAAUCGAUCCAGAUAGCAGAUAUCUAUCGCAAGUACCAGCUGGAUUGUGCCCAUGCUCAAUACAAGCAAGAGAUUGAAGCCACAAACAAAGAAUAUGAGGAGGAGAGACAGAACCUGAAGGAUCGCUUGCUGCAGGCGCUUGAAGAGCGAAAACGCAAGUUGAAAGAGGAUCGAGAAAGCUUUGAAUUCCAGAAUGACAUUGCCAUCGAAAGCGGAAAACAGAAUCCCCGUCUGAAACGAAACCAGGCCAAAACCGAGGAGAAGCCCACCAAGAGGAAGAAGCUGCAAGAAAAGUGCAGCAUCAACUUUUUGCUCACAGAGGCCGAAAUGGCAGAAGACCUCCUCGGUAUUCGAAAGGGCACUCCCGGUAUGAUCAUACCAACAGCGAUCGGGGUGGUGCAGCCCCAGGUCAUCCGAGCAGUCAAGGCCGGUGGCGCCAACGGUGUGUCGGGCAAGGGCAAGAAGCAAUAGCACGUUCUCUCGCCCGACAAUGCGCCUGCUGUGUCUGAGCCACCGACCGGGUUUCCUUCCAGCGAACCGCACGCCACCCACGAGCCUCCUGGCUCGUCUGAUACGAAGUCAUUGGUUGCAAAUGAGGCUGGUCCCAGGGCACGUCGAUACCUCCGAUCCUGCCAACAUCCCUGUUCUCAAGGGCGCUGCUCUGCGCCCAACUUGCCCUGUCACCAACGGCGUCGUCUCGGCUCGAUGUCUGUCGCACGCAGCCCCGGUCUGCGUUUGUUUGGCAGACGGCAGGCCGCAUGAAGCGUAUGUUGGCUCGCUGGAUCUGUCUGUCUGUCUCUUCUUCACCCUGUGUGUGCCUGCCAACAACACCUUCGCUCGCGGCGGCUCCCGAGUAAAAUUACAUUAUUCCUGUUGAUCCACC